AUGGAGGCGUGCACGCUCCUGAUCUACUAUCACCGACCGGACAGCUGCUACGAUGACUGGAAACUCUGGGUCUGGGAAAACGCCGGCCCAGAGGCUUCUGAUGCGCUCUUGCCCCAGUUGGUGCAACCCGCUUUCCUUAACUGGACACAGCAGGCUGCCUCUAGCCUAGAGGAACGUGGAAUGCAUUUCUCGCGGCAACCAGUUCCAACGGCACUGGCCGUACCCGGAUCGAAAGGAGCCGCAUCGAACUGGGCUCCGAGAGGAAGCCCAGUCGAUCACUGGUAUGGACGCUUGUUCCGGGUGGAUGUACCCCACACGUCACGACAGCAGCGCGUACUAGGUGUUCUCCCGGUAAAGGCACGCGAGCCGUACCAGGAGUUCGAGGCGAAAGACGCAGGCGGCGAUCGCUUGUUGCACCUAUCGAGUGCACAGGUCGGCGACCCGUCCCUACCGCGGAUUUUCUAUCUACACCAGGAUCUGGCUGAUGUCGCCGAUAAUCCUGCUGUGUUUGGCCUCAGCGAAGAUGUCGCGCACAUCUACGUGCGGCGUGUACCAAGUCAGCGGCGAACUUGUAGCCUCGGUUUGCGGUUGCGAUGGACAUCGGUACAGGGGAAUGUUACGGAGCGCGUGGUGUCUCCGGACUGCGGCUGUUCGCCUUAUGGAUGCCUUGCUCCCUGGUCGGCUGCAUUCGGACAGCGUUUUACGUUGCCGCGAUUCCUCUUUCAGUAUUGGAUGACCGCUGCCUUGAGCCUGGAACUGGUUACCGGAAACAGCACCGUGAUGCUCACUGUCGGAGAAACGGAGGGCAGCGCUGGAGCCGGCCUUACAUGGCCUUCGCCUCUGACGACGGCGAGUGAAUGCCCCCGUGCGUAUUUUGCCGUGGAGGAUAGCCCAGGCUUGUUCACAAGCGUGGAGUCCGUAACAAUGCUGGGUGAGGCGGGUACGCCCCGCUUCCUGCGGAUCGGUAUCCACGGUCUGGAUGCCCCGUUCCCCGUAGCUAUAUUCGAUGAUGCGCUCACCAGUUUUGCAGAGAUUCCAGCUGAUGCCUUUCGGGACGGCUGGUCGCUCUACAUCCUGGAUCGCCAGGCCUAUGGUCGAAGUAGAAGACUCGGUCUCGCCGUCGUUGAUCCGCUACUCGAUGAACCGCUGCCAACGCCCCAGUUCUGGCUGGAACCGGAGCCUGCCAUGGAAUGCGCUGUAGCAUUCGAGUACGCAGAGGGUUCGCUUCGACUGUCUCCGGCCUCUUUCUGGACGCUAUUCAGCCAGCGACGGUCUGUCGACGAGCACCAAAGCACUCGCCCUGGCUAUGCGCGAGGCGCCACCCUCGCUUGUAGAGAAAACGUUCUCCGCUCGCUCACGGACACGCUUGGGCUCUGCUCCUCAGAGGUCCAUUGUUUCCGCGGCAUCGAGCAGACUCACUGGGCGUUGUGCCGGUUGCCGACGUCACCGCCAAUGGAGCAACUAUCCGUUGGACAAGCGUCCAGCAUGCUUGCUGUACUGCACUCGGAGCAGGGUGCCUCGAAUAGAGGCCUCCAUCUGUUUGCACCGCGUUGGGGAGCACCGUACUUCUUCCCCGCGGAGCAGAGCGUCUUCUACGUGUGGUAUCGGCGCUAUAGUCGGGAUCACUGGCUGCAGUGGCGCCUUUGGAUCCUGACCAAUAACGUGCCCCGGUAUUCGAGCCCUGUGAUUAGCUGGGAGCACGCUACGGAUCGAGCGCUUUUCGUGGCCCUGGUACCGCCUGCUAUCCAAGGCACAGCGGUUGCGUUGUUGCUCUCCCGAGACGACCAGCUGCCGCCGUCGAUUGCCGAGCACCUCGAAGCGUCUGUGGAAGAGGUCUUCGAUCCAAGCGCCCUCAACUGGGACCUGCAACGGAUCUGGUACCCGAACGCUGCGGAGCGAGAGGUUUUCCUCUUCCAGGGCAGAGAGCAGGUGUUUCACCAGGCAGACCUUGUCGAUGUUGAACCGCGCUGGUUGCAGGAGCAGUAUCUAGAGGUUGCAUAUCUCCGGCCGCGCGGUGACUACGAGGCGUGGCAUCUCUGGCUCUGGGAUGCUGACUUUGCCGCCUCUACUGGCAGAGAAGUAGCCUCUGCGGCGAGAGCACCCAUCGACGAGCAGCAUCCGCAUGUUGAAGCGCUCAUCUUUCGGAUCGAUCGUGGCUGGUUUGGACCCGCCAAGCGACUCGGUUUUCUUGCCAAGAAACGAGGUGAGCAUGGGGUUUGGGCUGAUCGAGAUGGUCCCGAUCGCUUCUGGACGCUGAGUCCGCAGACCACGCGCGUAUGCUUCCUGCAGGGUCGUGAAGAGCUCGCGUUGUCCAUUGAGGACUUUGUGCUCGAAGUGACGCCGUUCUUUGAAGAUGAUCUUCUGGAGCUGUGUUUCCCGUUUCCGCCGUGGUGGAAGCAUUCGGCCUCUGUGACAGCCGCAGCCGAGCGAGACGGAAGCGCCCUCGUGACAACACCCAGGCUGGAUGCUGUUGCGAGAGACGCACCCAGAGGCGAUGCACCACCCGAGGAGCACUUUUUGUGGCAUGGCAGGGCGCCGACGCGCGAACCGCGGGUCUAUCGUCGUACAGCUCCGGGCGCUCCGAACCGAAUACUUGGCGACGACGUCGACGUCAACGACGACGACGACGACAUCAUUGAGGCACUCGAACUGACCCUCUAUUGGCAGGCACUGCCUAACAGACCCGAUGGUGGACAUGGAGCGAGCGCUGUUUCGCAUGAGCUGUGCGUUCGGAGUACGCACCAAGCGUCGCUGCUAGCCAUAACAGCUGACGAUGCUGCUGGUGUAACGUCAGCGGUGCUUAGCGCCAGCGAGUGCACUGCUUCUGCCAUGCAGAAGAAUCCUGCUGAUCCCUGGCGUUCGGAUACCACAACAGGACGCAGCGUCUCUGCGUCCGCCUCAGCGAGCAUCGAGUCAGGAACAACACAAUACGCGCUACCUCAUAUUGUUCGCAUGCGCUCGUGCUCGGACCCUUUGAAGCUGCAGUUUCAGCUGGAUCGCACCUUGGAUGAGGACUUUCCAGUCGAAGAGGUGAUGGUGCACCUGAAGGGGUUCUCGCCUUCGCGCGGUGCUUGGCGGCGCUACGAAAACGUCGACGACUACUACUACAGCGGAGCUCUCGGCUGGCACUACACCAAGAGCGCUACAACGUUUCGAGUGUUUGCUCCGACUGCCGACCUUGUGGUGCUCUGCCUCUAUCGAGAACCGGUUGGAACGGUCGGUCGACAAGCGUUCCCCAUGCGACGCAUUCCUCAGGGUGUUUGGAAGAUCGUUGUUCAUGGCGACUUGCAGGGCCUCUACUACACCUACCUCGCCGAGGGCGUCAACAAGCGGCUCUUCCCCGGAGUAGAGGUCAUUGAUCCGUAUUCGCGUUGUAAUACUGCCCACAACGGACGAGGACUCAUCUUCGGUGAGGAUCACACGGAGGUCGCGGAUCGACCCUGUAUCCCGCCCGAGCAUACCAUCAUCUACGAGGUUCACCUGCGGGACUUUACCAUAGACGAGUGCUCGGGUGUUCCGGAGAAGUUGCGCGGCAAGUAUCUGGGUCUUGCUCAGCAGGGGACGCAACUCCCGGAGCACUGGGUCCGCAGUCGCAUUGUAUCCUCAGCAGGUCGAGCGGCGCUCUUCUUGCGAGAUCGCGCGACACCAGACGCUUUCGAAGAAGACGUAUGCCCGUCAACUGUUGAAGAGGACGUCUAUACCGCACCGGUGCUCACGGAGGUUGCCGCCCAGGUUGACUGGACAGAUCGCAGCACGUGCCUGGACCACGUGCGUUUCCUUGGCGUGAAUGCACUCCAGAUCAUGCCAGUCCAAGACUUUGAUAAUGAUGAAUCGAAUCCGCUGGAGUAUCGCUGGGGAUACAUGCCGGUGCACUUCUUCUCGCCCGACGGCUGGUACGCCUCGUGUACCAGCGACGCGAGCCGGGUGCGCGAACUCAAGCAGUUGAUCGAUACCCUGCAUCGUGCUGGUCUGAAAGUGAUUCUGGAUAUGGUUCUGAAUCACACCGCGGAGGACCCGAACGAGUUCAACCUCGAGGCGCGCUUCUCGUUCAACGGCCUCGCACCGCGCUACUACUACCGCUUCUGGCCGGACGGCUCCUGGGGCGUCUCCGAGGCCUGCUACGCCAACGGCAGCGGUUGCGGUAAUGAGUUUCGUUCCGAGUCACCGAUGGGUCGCAAGUUUAUCCUCGACAUGCUGUGGUACUGGGCCACCGAAUACAAAGUCGACGGGUUCCGGUUCGACCUCAUGGGUCUCAUGGAUCGAGAAACGCUGCGCAUUGCUGCAGCCAAACUGCACGCGCUGGACCCGAACAUUCUGGUAUACGGGGAGCCCUGGAGCGCCGGGGAGACCCCCAUAAUCAUCACUGGAAAAGGUGCGCAGCGACACUUGGGGUUUGGUGUCUUCAACGACACGUUUCGGAAUGCGUUACGCGGAAGCAACCAGGGCAUCGAAGAGAAUUUCCUGCUCGACGGUGGAUGUAUCGAAGCUGUGAAGCAGGGCAUUCUCGGCAGUAUCGAUGAUUUCGCUGCGUCGCCGCUGGAAGUCAUCAAUUACGUGGAAUGUCAUGACAAUAGGACCUUGUGGGAUCACCUCUGGUACGUGAUUCGGGAGCGCGCAGACGCGAACAUUACCUACACUGCCGCCGAUGUCUUGCGCGUCUGCAAACUCGCUGCCGUCAUCCUGCUUACAAGCCAGGGUAUACCGUUUCUGCAUAGUGGUCAGGAGAUGGCGCGAAGCAAGUUUGGUGUAGAAAACUCGUAUCAGAGCGGUGACGAUAUUAACCGCCUGCGAUGGGAGCGCAAAAUCGACUUUUACGGACUCGUCGUUUACGUGCGUGGACUCGUGCAGUUACGACGAGCUCGCCCCGAUAUUUUUUCCAUGAGCGACGCUCAGCAAGUUCGCCGAUGUAUCGCAUUCUACGAAGCACUCGGUUUGCCCGUUCCCGAGCGUUGCCUCGCUUAUCGGAUAAUAGCGGAUGCUGGCCAAUCCGAGACGAACGCUAUCGAAGACGACCCCUGGCGGUGUGUUGCGCUGCUCUUCAAUCCGACACCGGUUGCGCAGGUGUUUCCCCUGCCACCCGAGGCAAAGGAUGAGCUCAUGACGGUUAUUGUGAACGAUCUGGAGGCACCUCGGGAUGCUGGUGCGUCGCUCGGGGAGUACCACAUCGGUUGGGCGUCUGUCCCCGGACGCAGUGCAAUGGUGCUGCGACUCUGCACCGAAUCGGAGCGGGAGCGAGCGCUUAUCGAGACUCGAUUGAACGCCAUCAGUGAGCCGUAUUCGAGUACAACAGAUCUUCCUGGUCUGUAUUCGUCGUAUGCCACCCCAGGGGGCUCGAAGACAUCUUCACCGGCGCCAGUGGCGGAGUGA